GAUUGUCAUGGUACCAACGUUUCCGCCUCGCUUAUAACAACACCCUCCCCUGUAAACAGUAUGCCAUUCACGAGCCUAAGCACUGCCUCUAGGUGUCCCCAACAGUCCGCUCAGCAUUAACCUGAGGGGGGAAGGGGUUCCGGCCGAUUGGGUCACUGCAGCCAACCAGAGACAGCAGACAAGCUCCUUUUUGGGCGGUUCCCAGCAGCAAGCCCCCGCUCACGCCAACGACCAACACUAGAUUUACACGCCCUCAAAACCAGUAACCUUGCUCUCUUUCUUUCAAGUUAUUUCUUCCUCCCUUCACAAAUUCCCUAAUUCCUUUCCUCACUUGCCUACCCCGCAUCCGGUCGAUCCCAACCAGAAGCUUCUGUUAAUUCCCACGCCUGCAAUAUGUCGUCUCCCCAAGCCCACGUCAACGACUCAAUCCAAGCCGUCGACGAAAAUACCUGGCUGCUCGGCGAAAGACUACUACUUUCCCGACAACCAAAGGCACCCCAAUCACCCCAUCACGCAUCCUGGUCCGACGGCUCGGGCGGCUUCUUCGUCCUCUCCGACGCCCCUUCCCCCCUCCCCUCCCACCACCACCCCCACCCCGCGCAAUCAGCCAUACUACCGAGGGUGUACGCCGCGGGGGACCAAUCCGCCGUCUGGGCCGCCGGCAGCGGCGCCUUCAUCAAGGCCCGUGACCGGCGGCAUCCGCGCGUCACACCCGAGCACGCGACCCUCGAGUUCCUACACUCGCAAAGCGAGCCGCUGGACUGCCGCAUCCCUGACGUGCUCUACCACGGCGAGUGGGACGGCCGGUACUAUUUGGUGGUUUCCCGCGUGCCGGGCGUGACGCUCACGGAGGCGUGGCCGGCGAUGGGCGAUGAGCUGCGGCAGUACUAUGUCGAGCGGGUUGCCGGGCUGUGCGAGAAGAUGGUUGAGUGGACGGGGGAGGGUGGUGUUUGUGGUGUGGACGGGGGUCAGGUGAUGGAGCUGUAUCUGGCCAACGAUGAUCAGUGUCUUGAGCCGGAAGUGCUGCGGCGGAAUUGUGUUGGUAUGGGCAUGGAUGUGGCGGAUCUGGUGUUUUAUCAUUGUGAUCUCGGCCCCGGCAAUAUUCUUGUCGAGCCCGACACUCGCGGGAUAGGCGUGAUUGACUGGGAGAUCGCCGGUUACGUUCCCAGGGAGUGGGUUCGGACCAAGUUCCACCUGUCGUCUGGGAUGGAUUUUCCAAACGACGAUAAUGAGGAGACAAAGUCGGACUGGCGGCGGUCCGUUGCGCGGAAGCUGGCUGCGAAGGGCUUUGCGGAGGUGAUCGACGGCUGGCUAGCUUUCCAAUAAAAGCUAUCGACCGUGCAAGCCGCCUCUUGAGCCGCUAGAGAGGUUGCCAUGACCUCUUUGUUUGGUUGUAUCCCCUCGUCUCUCGUCUAGUGAGUGCCGUAGCACAUGUCCCACCCAAACACCGCGAGCUAGUUCAGUGCAGUACAACCCUCACCAACAACGCGAACGAUUGUACCAAUCCCCCUCAUACCUCACCCA